CCAAACAACGAGUCCUGGGUCAGUCACUGCGCACCCAAGACGCUGCCUGAGCUGGCCGUCCACAAAGCAAAGAUUCAGGAACUUGAAACUUGCUUGAAAGAAAGGUUAUCGGCCAAUCUGAAAACACCAUUCAUCCUGCUGUCAGGGCCAUCUGGUUGUGGCAAGACAACAACAUUGAAUGUUUUGUGCAGUGAGCUGAACAUUGAAAUAAUCGAAUGGGUCAACCCUGUUUUGAAUGACUAUGAAUCUAGUGAUCUUAAUAAUUAUGACUAUCCAAACUAUAGAUGUUCAACAGUGUCUUCAGAUUCACAAUACACCAAAUUUUCUGACUUUUUAUUUAGAGCAAAUCGCUAUUCCAGUUUAAAUUUUGGUGGGGAUGGAAGAGAGAAAAAAUUAUUUUUAGUAAAAGAUUUUCCAAAUGUUUUCAUUCAAAAUGCAGCGAAAUUCCAUGACUUGAUAACAAAGUAUUCUCAAUUAUCCUGUGCUUAUCCAUGUGUUUUCAUUGUUACAGACAGUGAUCAAUCCUCCAACAUUAAAAGACACUUGUUCCCACCCAAUCUACUUGAUAAUUUAAAAAUGAAUGUCAUAAAGUUCAAUCCAAUCUCUUCAACCGCAAUGAUGAAAGCCUUACAAAGGAUUGCCAAUAGUGGAUCCAGUUUGAAACUGAAAAGUUUUGUUCAGCCAAGUAAAGAGACGUUGGAAGAAAUAGUUGAAACAAGCAGUGGCGACAUCAGAUCAGCCUUGUUGACCUUGCAAUUCAUCUGCACAAGCAGAGCAAGGUUGCCUCACAAGGCCUCAAAAUUUUUAACAACAUCUCAGGUCAACAAUAGAAGCAACAACAAUAAAAAGGAAAGUAAAAAAAUGUUGAAAAAGAAAUCUAGUGAUGCUUCAGAAAGAUCUAGCUAUGUUGGAGUCAAAGAUUCUGGCAUGUCAUUGUUCAGAGUUCUAGGUAAAGUGUUGCACUGCAAAAGAUUGGAAGAUAUGGAGCCAGCAAGUAGCAACCUACCUGAUCAUCUGCUCCACCAUUCCAGAAACUCACUAACAUUCAAUCCUGAUGGGAUAUUCGAUAAAUCAUGUCUCUCCUCUGACACCUAUUGUGCAUUUCUUCACCAAAAUUAUCCAGAUUUUGCAAACUCUAUCGAGAAUAUGUCAAUGAUUAGUGAUUAUUUCAGUCUGGCCGAUGCCUCAACUGGAGAGUGGUCAGUCAAGUCCAAUAUGUCCAGCUAUCAAGUCAGCUUGGUGACUCGAAGUAUUGCAUUUUAUAAUGGGGCUCAGUCUACCGAUGCACCUAAGAAAGCAGGCUGGUUGCCAUUACACAAGCCACAACUGUACACUGUUCAAAAGAAAAUUCAAGAUGUUGAAAGUUCAAUUCUUACUUCAUUUAAACUCACAAGUCAUUCCAUUAGUGAACUGUCAACUGUUCAUCUGCCUUACCUUGAUAAACUUACUUCA